AUGUCCGACGAAUCAUCCACCCUCCACUCCAGGACUCAGGAUGUCGAUGAAGAGACUCCCUUACUCACAGCAGGACAGGAUUCAGUUUAUGACCGUUUCUCAAAGUCGAAGAAGAAGGGCAUCGUAGCGAUAGUCUCUUUCGCCGGUCUUGUUCCUCUGUUCGUCUCUGGGACUUUCGUACCCUCAAUACCUCAGAUAUCGAAGGACCUGGGUACUACAGGGUCGGUCAUCAGUCUAGCGGUUAGUCUUUCUGUUCUAGGGACGGCAUUGGGAGCAUUGACGUGGGCUACAUAUUCAGGAUUCUACGGUCGCCGCCCCAUAUACUUGACCGCCAUCCCCACCCUUGCCCUCGGUUCACUAGGCGUCACACUCGCACGCGACCUCCCCACCCUCUUCAUAUGUCGCUUCAUUCAAGCUUUCGGAGCGGGUGUAGGUCUCAGCGUUGGAGGAGGUGUAAUUGGAGACAUCUAUAAGCUGGAGGAGAGAGGGACGGCGAUGGGGAUCUUUUUCGCUGCCUGCCUUCUCGGUCCCGCCAUCGCCCCACUCGCAGGCGGCAUUGCAGCACACUACUAUACCUGGCGCCACAUGCAAUUUAUCCUCUUCAUCGCGUCGACCCUCCUCGCUAUUUUUAUGCUUGUAUACCUGCCUGAAACGUCACAGCCAAGAAGUAGAGGGAUUGAUAAGUUGUUGGAGAGCGAAAGUUCGCUUGAGGGUGAAGACGAUGUCGAUCGGAGCUCAAAACAGAGGCGAAGGAGAUGGGUAUGGUUAAAUCCGUUCCAGAGUGUUGCGAUGUUCAGGAGUCCGAAUCUGUUAGCUGUGUGCCUUGGCGGAACGACUGCGUUGAUGACGGACUAUGUUCUUCUCGUCCCGUUGGCUUAUACCAUAGGCGCGAAGUACAACAUCUCUAACGAAGCCCUCAUUGGUGCAUUCUUUCUCCCUGCCGGUGUCGGUAACAUCAUGGGCUCCAGCCUCGCGGGCUACCUCUCCGACCGAACUGUGAUUCGCUACCGCAAACUCCGCGGCGUCUGGGUCCCGGAAGAUAGGCUGCGAACGACGGUCAUCGGCGGCUUGGUCCUCGUUCCGAUGUCGGUGUUGCUGAGCGGGGUGUUCACGACUUGGGUGGGCGGGACGGCGGGAAUCGUGUUGAAUUUGUUGAUGUUGUUCGUUAACGGGAUUGGGUUGGACUUAGUGCUCGGGCCGGCAGGCGCAUAUUUCGUAGAUGUUAUGCAUGAGCAGAGCGCACAGGUCAUGGCCGGGAAUGCAGCAAUUCGCAACGCUCUCAACGCAAUAGGGAUCUCUGUCCUCCUCCCACUCAUACAAAAAAUAGGCGUCCUGUGGACGGACGUCCUCACUGCUAUUCUGGCAUGGCUUGGAUUCUUGUGA